AGCAUGCGGCAAGGGUUCCUCGUCGUUCUCCUGGCGGCGGUGGUGGCGGGCCGGCAUGGGUCCCUGGAUGACCUUCGCCGAGAUCCCACCACCCUGCAGGAGAAGACCAUAAGGGCAAUCGAGAGUCUGUCCCACGUGCUCAUUGACCUCCAGGAGAGUCUUACGAACGAGGGGAGCGCGGCCACACCCACCGAGGCUCCAUCCUCAGCAGGUGAUGGAGAUAUGGCCGAUCUGCUGCUCAACCUCACCGCGGCCCUGCAGAAUCACACGAGGGCGCUGCUCGACACUCAGGCGCAGGACGGCGAUCGUGAAGGGUGCCCGUUGCCCUACUGGAGGUUAGGUGACGAGUGCUUCUACGUCAAUCGGUACCUGCGGGUCAGUUGGAGCGAGGCGCGUCACUUCUGCAGAGGGUUAGGAGGUGACCUGGCCCAGCCCCGCAUCGUGGCCACACUCAGGGCUGCCUUGCUCAUGAAGUACCCUGAGGACCACAACAGAUUCGUCUGGGUGGGAGCAUCUGAGGCAGGCGGGACCGAAGGCAACUGGUUAUGGAUGUCAGGGUUGGGCGUGAGGGCCGAGGAUUGGGCACUGGACCAGCCUGACGGAGGAAAUGAAAACUGUGUGGUGCUGAGCCGCGACGAGCACCCCUCCCUGCACGACAGCCCCUGCUAUACCCACACCACCUUCAUCUGCCAGGCCACCAGCCCCUCCUCUCCCAGUUCAACGCUCGCCUAGCCGAAAUGUCAGCACGCCCAACCCACCACCUUCCUCCACCCUCUCCCGCCCAGCCAGACACCCGACGCAACUUUCAUAAAGCCUUGCAGUUCUUCCGCGCCCGGGGUCCCAAGCAAGCCAGACGGUGGAAGGAAGUAGGCGAGACAGGUGGAAAGGAUGCUACAGGAAGCUUGUUUGUUGCUCCCUAAACUUAACCUUAAUUAAUUGUGACAGACAGACGCACAAUAUCAUAGAGGUCUGACACCUUAGGAAUGGUGUCUUUAAAAAUAAUUUCGUACAGUAACGUGUUUUGUUCUUAGAUAUUGUUAUUAAAAUGUAGAUUAUUGUUAGGUGCUUUGUGGAUGUCUCUCUCUCUCUCUCUCUCUCUCUCUCUCUCUCUCUCUCUCUCUCUCUCUCUCUCUCUCUCUCGAAUGAAGGGUGGUAGGGAAAUUACCUUUACAAUAAAUAGAAAAGGACAACACAUUCGCAUUAUCGAUACCAAAAUAAAAACAUCCAUAACAACAACGGCAACGAUGGUAACGACGACGACAACAGGAAUAGCCGUAGCAAAACAGCCAAAGCAAUAGCAACAGCAGCACCAGGAGCCUCAAGGUCACCCAAGAACCACUCCCGAGCCAGGAGCUUGACGACACUCCACCACACACCACGUAGUAUAUACUGUUGUAGUCUCAAAAGUAGGAUAUAUGGGUAACUUUUAGCCUUAUUGUAUUGUAGGAAAUAGAGCACAAAACCUUCCUCCAGCGUUCAUGCCGUGACCUGUUUUUGUGGUACUGUAAUUUUUGUGCAGCAACAUCAGAGGUACCUCGUCUAUUAAUGCCAUGCGAUGCACCUCCCCCUUCCUUCCUUCCUUCCUUCGCCUUCACUGAUGCCGCGCCCGCCACAGUCUUGUUUUUACCUAUGAGCGUCACCUCGAGAGCUCCCUGAACCUUUAAGUACAGAAAAAUAAGUAGAUUGAGUAGCCCCCAGGACUCAAGACAAACAACUAAAUCACAUACUACUGACGGAACCGCGAUACUGCAGGAGAGAGAGAGAGAGAGAGAGAGAGAGAGAGAGAGAGAGAUUUACAUAGAUUUACAUAGAAAAUCAGACCACACAGACCCCAUGGUCCAGACUAGGUGGUCUGUCCUUAAACCUAAGUGAUUCUACAUUAAACAGAAGGCUCCAAAACGAUGCAUUUCAACUCUAGUUGAUAUUAAGUUGAUGGAAGUGACGGUCGAGCUUUUUUUUAAGGAGUCAAUCGUGUUACACUGGACCACUGACGGUGGGAGCUUAUUCCAUUCUCGCACUACAAUGUUGGUGAAGAAAAAUUUGGUGCAGUCUGAAUUUACUUGUCUACAUUUGAGUUUUACGCCAUUGUUCCUCGUACGCAAAGUGUCAUCGAUCAUAAACAAUGUUGAUCUGUCUACAUUCGUGAAACCAUUGAGUAUUUUAAAACAUUCGAUCAGUUUUCCUCGUAGGCGACGUUUCUCAAGAGAGAACAUGUUAAGGGUGGAAAGCCUUUCUUCGUAAGAUUUGUUGCGCAAGGAAGGGAUCAUUUUUGUUGCCCGACGCUGAACACCUUCUAAUUUAGCAAUGUCCUUUGCAUGGUGGGGAGACCAAAACUGUACCGCAUAUUCCAAGUGGGGUCUGACAAAACUAUUGUAGAGUGGAAGUAUUACAUCUUUAUUCUUGAAUAAAAAGUUUUUUUUAAUGAAGCCCAACAUUCUGUUCGCUUUAUUUGCUAUAUCGAUGGAUUGCUGUGAGAAUUUGAGGUUUGACGCGAUUUUGACCCCCAAGUCCUUAACGCAUUGAACGCUUUUGAGUUUAACGCCGUGCAUUUCGUAAUCGAACUUCUUAUUCCUUGUUCCAACUUGAAGGACCUGGCACUUGUCAACGUUAAAGGGCAUCUCCCAUCUAUCAGACCAAGCUGAAAUUUGUGCAGAUCCUCUUGGAGCCUUUGCCUGUCUUCGUCAGUGAGAACCGAGUUACCAGUCUUUGUGUCGUCUGCAAAUUUACUAAUGCGAUUAUUGAGUACGACAUCCACAUCGUUGAUGUAAAUAAUGAAGAGCACUGGGCCAAGAACCGAGCCCUGAGGGACGCCACUAGUGACUGGUGCCCACUCUGAGUUAAUCCGUCAAUCAACACUCUUUGUUGUCUGUUGCUCAACCAAUUCGCAAUCCAUUGGUGUAUUUGACCGUCAAUACUUAUUUGCUUUAAUUUGUAAAGAAAUUUAUGAUGUGGGACUUUAUCAAAAGCUUUCUGGAAAUCAAGAUAGACCACGUCCAGUGAUUUGGUUACGUCAUAAACCGUGAAGAGGUCAUUAUAAAAGGUUAAUAGGUUUGAUAGGCAGGAUCUUUUGUUACGGAAGCCGUGUUGUGAGUUCCCAAUUAAUGAGUGGCUUUCAAGGUAACUCACAAUUUUGUCUCUAAUUAUGCUCUCAAGUAGCUUACCUACAACCGAAGUUAGACUAAUGGGCCUGUAAGAGAGAGAGAGAGAGAGAGAGAGAGAGAGAGAGAGAGAGAGAGAGAGAGAGAGAGAAGUUCUUAACAAUUCCCUCCAAAGUAUUCACAAAGGCUGCUAUUCAACCGUCGGUAUACAUAAGCUCCAAAAGGCGGCGGCGGUGGGGGGCAACAACUGGUGGUGGUGGACUGGUGGUGCGAAAUUGUGAAUGCGAUUUGCAACAGUUUAAACUCGCCUCUCGUCAUCCCCUGCCCAGGUCCCUCCUUCCUCUCCUCCCUUCGUCACCGGUUACCCAGUCUCCCCUCCCAGGUUCCCCGCCUACCUCACCCUUGCACCCACACCCGCCCCGCCUUCCUCACCCUUCCUCGCCUCUCGAACUUCCCUCCAGCUUCACUCAGACCGGAAAGGGAAGGGCCGGGCAUGCAUGGACAGUAAGAAUUAUUUAUGUAUAUUUUUAGGUAUAGGAUAAAGAUAAGGGUAUGAGUUUGUAAAUUUAAGUAUAGAAAUCAAAGAAAAGGGUAUGAGACUGUAAAAGGAACUCAUUUGAAAGGACUCACAAGAUGAAUAAAAAGGAACAAAUGAAGAACUGAAUAUCCUAGAUCGAAAGAAUGAACUAUGGAAUUUUACUCCUACAACUAAUUUGCUAUCGCUAUUAGAAUCACUCAUUAUAAUCACAACCAUCAUCAUUUAGUAUAUUCCUUCAUUUCAACGAAGGCAGUAAGACAUCGACACUCCCCCGAGUCCCUCUUCGAUGUGACUGCCUGGUGUUGCAAGGACGCCAAUCCCAAACACACGUGGGUCUACAAACUCUACAUACAGGAAGAUCUGAAUGCCAUUUGAAAACCUUGGCCGAGAAUCUACUGGCGAGAGCGUGGCCAUGAAAGCAGCGCCAGCAACUGCAAGAGGAUGAGUUGCUGUUGGGGGAAUGCGUGGCAUUGGCAACCUAUCCGUUUGCCGCUCGUGGGUGGAGGUUGAACCGAUGAGGUGGGGAGAACCAGGAUUAAGAGAGUACUUUCUGAAUUCUGGGUAAUACAAAAGAGGCGGGCGACACUGAGUUGAGUUAAAGAGAAUCAUGUAAUGGGGUUGAUUAAACAACGGAUGAUGAAAGAGGAAUAUUUUAAAAAGGGAGAAUGAAAAAUGAGAUUGCCACCCUACGACAGCAUCUAUUAGUCUACAAGGGAAGCUAGGCGAUGGUGAGGUAUAAAGUAUUAACACCACGUAAGACUAAGUAGAUCUAGGUAGUGAAGGAGAGUGAAGUGAUAAAAGUGCAAACCAAAAAAAGACGAACUUACAACUGAUCAAGGAAAGGUCAGGGACGGUGAGGUUAGGUGAAGGAGGAAAAGGUGGUAAAAAAUAUAAAACAGGAAGAGAAGGAAUGACUACCCUACUAAAGCAGUUGAUUAUCAUUAUACCCCUCAACCGUAAUAACAACCCCCGAUCCUGCCACCAUCAACAAGGAUCGUUGGCCCUCUGCCUCACGCCUCCACCCAA